GAUACAAGUACGUGAUGAGGAAAGACGUUCCUUCUUUGCCGCGUUUACUGCGAGAAUGAAGACCAUUCUCAGCAAUCAGACUGUCGACAUUCCAGAAAAUGUCGACAUUACCCUGAAGGGACGCACAGUUAUCGUGAAGGGCCCCAGAGGAACCCUGCGGAGGGACUUCAAUCACAUCAAUGUAGAACUCAGUCUUCUUGGAAAGAAAAAAAAGAGGCUCCGGGUUGACAAAUGGUGGGGUAACCGAAAGGAACUGGCUACGGUUCGGACUAUUUGUAGUCACGUACAGAACAUGAUCAAGGGUGUUACGCUGGGCUUCCGUUACAAGAUGAGGUCUGUGUAUGCUCACUUCCCCAUCAACGUCGUUAUCCAGGAGAACGGGUCUCUUGUUGAAAUCCGAAAUUUCUUGGGUGAAAAAUACAUCCGCAGGGUUCGAAUGAGACCAGGUGUUGCUUGUUCAGUAUCUCAAGCCCAGAAAGAUGAAUUAAUCCUUGAAGGAAAUGACAUUGAGCUUGUGUCAAAUUCAGCGGCUUUGAUUCAGCAAGCUACAACAGUGAAAAACAAGGAUAUCCGGAAAUUUUUGGAUGGUAUCUAUGUCUCUGAAAAAGGAACUGUUCAGCAGGCUGAUGAGUAAGACCUUAGAGUCUCAGUGUUGCCCAGGCGAGUGGAAUGGCCCGAUUUCAGCUCAGUGUAACCUCCGCCUCCUGCGUUCAAGCAAUUAUCCUGCCUCAGCGCCCCCCAAGUAGCUUGGAUUACAGGCACCUGCCACCAUGCCUGGCUAAUUUUUAUAUUUUUAGUUGAGACAGAGUUUCACCAUGUUGGCCAAGUUGGUCUCAAACUCCUUACCACAGGUGAUCUGCUUACCUUGGCCUUCCAAAGUGCUGGGAUUACAGGUGUGAGCUACCAUGUCCAACCCGAAGUUUCAUGUUUAAAAAAUAAUUUAUUGUACUACAAGUAGGUAUUGGUAGAGAUGAAAGCUAGAGCAGAAUGAUGGAAUACAGUUCAUGAAACUUCAAGAAGCAAUGUGUCAUGUAAUCUUCAUAGCUUACUGUCAGGAUGAAGCCUUUAUCUUUACAGCUAAGAACUGAAUUCACCGAUGUCAACACCUAAGGGAAAGUUUGAACCAUGCAGUAGAGACAUUGAUUGUCAUCACCUUGGUUACAGCUGUAUCUCAUACUGUCUGUCUUUAAUACAGGUGUAUCUCCUGUAAGUUACCAGCAUAUGAAACUGGAAUGAAUUUUUAAACUGUCUAUCAUGCAGACAAGAUCAGUUUAGCUAAGAACUCUCUUGUGCUCUUUCUUUAAUGGUAUGUGUUGUAAGUUCUUAGCUUUCCAAAACUUUCUUCUCUUUUGCUUAUGAAAAAUGGUAAUUAAUAAGAGUAGAACCAGGGUGGAGAAGAAGCAACAACCUAAGAAUAUCAGUGGUUUCUUCUGCGCAAGGAAUAAGCAGACAGUGCACUCUGUGUUUCUUUGUAUCUGAUUGCAUCUAGAAGUACUGUUCUCAGAAGGAAAGCCACUGCUGCUGAUCACUUUGUUGUAAAACUGUAUUGAGGAUUUAGCUUUAAAAUCAGAUGUGAAGAAUCCAAAUCUGGGUUUAGAUUUCUCUUCAGUCAGUUUGAAUGCAUAAUAGCCUUUGAUUCUGACUUUAUCAAUCAGGUGUGCUGAAAAACAUCAAAUUAACAUUAAUCACAAAUGGACUAUGAAAUAUCUUUCAAUAAGAAUUUAGUUUUCAUUGAAACAAGCUAAAAUUAUGCCCAUAAAAGUAGUGAUUUCUAUUAGAGGUGGGUUUUUUUUUUGACAUUUAUUCUUUUAUGAUCUAUGUAACGGAUAAGGUGAAAAUGUAUAUGUUAAUAAUUUAAGUCUAAAAGAAAUCUGUAGUAAAACUUUGAUUCAUAAAUAAUCCAAAAACUCUUGGAGGAAAAAGCAAACUUAAGCAGAGCUGAAAAGGUUGAAACUUUCGUUUAAGGGGUCACAAGCAGAAAAAUGUCACCUAUUUGGCCUGAUUCAGAUGUGCUCUGGUGAAGCCCAGGAAUCACACAGUUGGUUUCUCCCACUCACUUUUGCUUGCUUAGGCUACCAUGAUGUGAUUAUUUCACACUGCAUGCCUGUAUCUAAACAUUUCAUGUACCCUAUAAAUAUAUAUACCUAC